AAUAUUCUUGCACACACUUUUCUUUGAAGUAGUAGGAUUAUUUACCACAAGAGGGCUAAUAUCGACUCUCGUAUGAACGGAAGUUACAGUGGUGCCAUCGUAAGAUCCUUUUAGGUUGUUUUUGGUAAGCACGCUUUUCUUUUCGAUACACCACAAUGCAGAUAUUUGUGAAAACUUUGACGGGUAAAACCAUCACCCUUGAAGUAGAAGCAUCAGACACUAUUGAAAAUGUGAAAGCUAAAAUCCAAGAUAAAGAAGGAAUUCCACCUGAUCAACAACGACUUAUUUUUGCUGGAAAACAGUUGGAAGAUGGACGUACCUUGUCAGAUUAUAAUAUCCAGAAAGAAUCUACCUUGCAUCUUGUUCUUCGGCUUCGUGGUGGUGUGAUAGAACCUACUUUACGUAUUCUUGCACAAAAGUACAAUUGUGAUAAAAUGAUCUGUAGAAAGUGUUAUGCCCGUCUUCAUCCGCGUGCAACCAAUUGUCGUAAAAAGAAAUGUGGCCACACGAACAAUAUUCGGCCAAAAAAGAAGCUAAAGUAGACUAUAUAUUUACUCACUUUGCAAAUACAUGUAUCCCUAAAAAAUGGUUUCAAUAAAACACACAAGAACUAAA